UUAUUAUUUAUAUUAUAAUAAUUAAUUUAUUUUUGUUUUAUAUUUAUUUUAAUUUUAUAUACUAAUUUUUUGUAUUAAUUGUUUUUAUUUUUACUACACAUUAAUGUUUGUUAUACUUACACAUUAGGAUUCCCUGGUUUAUUGAAAUUUAAAACACUCUCAAUUCAAUCAUGGAUCUUAUAAGAUUUCCAUUAUCAAAUAAAAAUAAUGGAGAUUAAAUCGUUAUAUUAUUAUAUUUUGUAUAGAAUAAUUUAUUUAUGUGUGAUAACAAUGAACAUUGGAUGCACGACUGAUAUAAACCCUUAUAAAGAUAUACAAAAAAUAUUAAGUGAAGAUUUUAACCCACAUUUACCACAAGUUGAACAUAACGUAAUGCCCUGGAAAAUGAACUACUCAUUUAAGAACAAGAAAAUUUUAGAGUUUAAGAAUAUAUCAGAUUUCCCUUUGGAUGGAAUCUGCAAGUGUACCCUGGAAGAGGUCAACGAGGAAGAAUCCAACAUCAUUUUUGGUUCAGAUUUAAUUUGACAUUUGGAAAUACUUUUUUAAUUUUUAUAAUAGUAUUUAAGACUUAGAUUUUAUAUGUGUUUAUUUUAUAUAUGAUUUUCCA